UAUUUGCAUUAAUAAAAAAAAAAGUGUUUUAUUUUGCAGAUAAAUUUAGAUGUUUUUUUUAUCUGUUGAUAGGUUAGCUUAUGAACUUCUGCUUCUGCUUUAUGUAUAAAACAGUGUUGACCAGAGCUGGUGGUCAGAAGCUUUAUUCAUUUUAUUCGCUCAGUGUUUUUGUAUUUUGCUCUUUUCACUUUAAUUUCUUUGGAUCCUGAUCUAUUUCACGAUUUUGAUUUUUCUGUCAAAAGAAAAUAAACAAUCUAACUAAAACACAGAAACCAUUUUUAAUAUUUUGAAAUUCAUCCUUCCAGAAACUCUUCAUAUAACUUCAGGGUUGCGAGGAUGAAGCCCAAAAUGUUCCUGAUUGGUUCUCUGUGGUUGUCUCUUUGCUGCCUGCUUCAUGCUCAAGGAGAGAAGACUGGUUUUCCACUGGACAUGGCCGCGAACUCUGUUGAUGACAGGUACUCUACCUGUGCUGCAGAGAUGGAGGCAAAGGUCAACGAGAAGUACUUUGAAGAGGAAAUGGAAAAUAAUUUAUUCAAGAAGGUGUGGAACGCAGCAGAAAAUUGUGCAGAUAGAAAAAUGAAACAAAAAGAACCAGUAGAUAAGGCUCUAACGAAAAAUCACAUGCAAGCAAUUUGUGUUUACACAGCAGGAGGACCAUUAGACUUCUAUCAGACAUUCAAUAAUGCAGUCCGGACCAAUAGACAACAAUAUAAUUCAUCCUUUCCAUUCCAUUCUUUACAUUUCUGGCUGACCAGAGCAAUACAGAUCCUCAAACCCAAUCAUAAUGAAUGUUACACAACUUACCGUAGAACCAAUACUGCCUUAACUGGUGAAGUCAACCAAGAAAUGCGAUUUGGUAGUUUUGCCUCCUCCUCCAAAAAAUCAACUCUGACACGCUUUGGUAAUACAACAUGCUUUCAAAUUACAACCUGUCAUGGAGCUUAUCUGAAAAAAUACCCAAGUCUUGGAAACAAAGAGAAGGAGGUGCUGAUUCCACCUUACGAGACGUUCAAGAUAAUCAGCAAAACUAAACCUUCAGGACUUGAAGACUGUAAUACUGUCUAUGUUCUGGAACCUACUGGGGUCCAAAGCAAUCUUAACUGUCAAGUUGCAAACCAAAUAAUUUUGUGAUUUUCUUUCUUCACACGCAUAAAUUUAGAACAGUUUCAUCUUGUUCUAAAUUUACACCUGGCUGAUCUUUAAAGAGAAAGUUCAGAUUGAUCUCAAUCAACUUCCUCACUUAAAAUAAACCUGCAGAAAUUUAGGCUGUAGCGUAAAGCUAAUGUCGAGCUUCUCUAUGCUACUUAGAACCGUUUAACUGCUGCAAGCUGAAGCUUUGGGUUUGCUUUGAGGACAGGGUUUUUAAACCAUCGUUUUGCUAAUGUGAAAGUAUUUCUGCUGGAAGAAAAUACUGUUCAUUUUCUUUAUUCUGUGCAACUUCAAUAAA